AUGCCACAGGUGGCAACACCAAUGCCACAGGUCUCAGUUGAGAACCCAGAUGAGUCGUUUAUCUACAAGCCUGGAAGGAAGCGUCUGGCACUACUCAUUAACAAUGUUAAGUUUGACCGUGAGAGCUUGUUGAGACGAGGGGCCGAGAAAGAUGAGGAGAGAAUGGAGUUUCUGCUGAAGGAGCUGGGAUAUGAAGUAGUAAAACACAGGGACCUCUCUGGUGAGGAGAUGGACAGGGCCGUCAGAGAUUUUUCAAAACGUGAGGAGCAUGCUGCAUCUGACAGUACCUUUGUCGUAAUAAUGUCACACGGGAAGAGGGACGCCAUCUUGGGUGUGCACCGGGAUAGCUGCCAUCCCAACCCUGACGUUUUCCACAUCGAUAAGAUGUACAACCACCUGAACACCAAAGGUUGUCCUGGAUUACGUAACAAACCAAAGGUCAUUCUUAUUCAGGCCUGCAGAGGAGAUGAGAAUGGACAUGUUUGGAUGUCGGAUGGCAUGCAGGAUGACAGUGCUGCUAUUGAGAGUGAUGACAUGGAACAUAAGGAGAAAGACUUUAUCUCUCUUCUUUCCUGCACACCUGAUACAAAAUCCUACAGGGAUGUGGAGAAGGGCACUUUUUUUGUCCAGUACCUUGUGGAAGAGUUCAACACCCAUGCUCACAAGGACCACGUAGAGGAAUUGUUCACAAAGGUUAUGAGACGCUUUGAGAAGUUUCCAAGACAGAUGGUAUGCAAAGACAGGACCACCCUCUCAAGGCACUUCUACCUGUUCCCAGGGCUAUAAACUAAUAUAGUGUACUCUGGCAUUUUGCUACUUUUUGAAGGAAAAUGAUAUACCUUUUUUAGAAUUUGUAACGGAUUAUCAGAUUUGCAAUAGGCCAUUUGCUCUUUAAUUUCAUACUUAAUG